AUGCACUGGGAGUGCAAACACGAACUCACGCACGCCAUGGCCAAGACCAAGCUCUUCCACGCCGUCUUCUCCUUCCUCCUCCACGUCGCCGUCGGCGGCGGCGGCGCGCCUCCGCCGCCGCGCGCCGACGUCUCCUCCGUGACUGUCCAUAGGCGCCUCCCUCCCGCGGCGCGGCUGGCCGCCCCGACGACCGCGCUGGUCGUCGACGUCGAGGGCGCGCUGCUGCUCCGGUCGUCGUCGUCGUCGCGGCGCUCCUCCUCGCUCUUCCCCUACUUCAUGCUGGUCGCCGUCGAGGCCGGGAGCUUCCUGCGGGGGCUGCUGCUGCUGCUCCUCUACCCGGUGAUCGCCCUCCUCGCCGGCGCCGGCGGCGGCGGCGACGACGACGUCGCCGUGAGGGCCAUGGCCGCGGUCGCCUUCUGCGGGCUGAGGGAGUCGCGGUUCCGCGCCGGGCGCGCCGUGCUGCCGCGGUGGCUCCUCGAGGACGCCGCGAAGGAGGCGCUCGAGUACGCCGUCACGCGGCGGCCGCCGUCGUCGUCGUCGUCGAGGAGGGCGGCGGUGGUGUGGGCCAGCGCCAUGCCGAGGGUGAUGGUGGAGCCGUUCCUGAAGGAGUACCUGACGCCGCCGGAUGCGGCCGGCGCCGCCGUCGUCGUGGCGGCGAGGGAGAUGAAGGUGGCUUGGGGGUUCUACACUGGGCUCAUGGAGGGCGGCGGCGAGGUGGCGUCGUCUGCGCCGGAGGUGAGGAGGGCGAUGGAAGGCGUCGACGACGUCGUGGGGCUGUCCGGAGAAGCCAUGGAUCUGCUUCGGACUCCUUUGGUGUCAUUUUGCAAGGAGGUGUACGUGGUGAGCGGCGAGGAGAAGAGCAAAUGGCGGGCACUGCGGCGGCGCGAGUACCCGAGGCCUCUCGUCUUCCACGACGGCCGCCUCGCCUUCCUCCCGACGCCGCUCGCCGCCGCCGCCAUGCUCGUCUGGCUCCCCUUCGGCUCCGCCCUCGCCGUGGUACGCCUCGCCGUCGCGCUCGCCCUCCCCUACGGCGUCGCCACGCUCAUCCUCGCCGCCACCGGCCAGUCCUGGCGCCUCAGGGGCUCGCCGCCGCCGUGCGCAGACGACGGCGAUGAGCCUCGGCGGCGGCGGCGCGGGCAGCUGUACGUGUGCAACCACCGCACGCUGAUCGACCCGGUGUACGUGUCCAUCGCGCUGGACCGGCCGGUGCGCGCCGUGUCGUACAGCCUGAGCCGCCUCUCGGAGCUCAUCUCCCCGAUUGGCGCCACCGUGCGCCUCGCCAGGGACCGCGCCCACGACGGCGCCGCCAUGGAGCGGCUCCUCGACGAGGGGGCCCACGUCGUCGUCUGCCCCGAGGGCACCACCUGCCGCGAGCCGUACCUGCUCCGCUUCAGCCCGCUCUUCGCCGAGCUGAGCGACGGCGUCGUCCCCGUCGCGCUCGCCGCCGAGACGGCCACGUUCUACGGCACGACGGCCGGCGGGUGGAAGUCCAUGGACGCUCUCUACUACAUGGCCAACCCGAGGAUGUGCUACACGGUGGAGUUCCUCCCCGCCGUAGACACGACGCCGGUGAGGGAAGGGAAGGUGGCGAGCACCGAGCUGGCCAACGGCGUGCAGCGGCGGCUGGCCGAGGCUCUCGGUUACGAGUGCACCAUGCUCACCAGGAAGGACAAGUACCUCAUGCUCGCCGGCAACGACGGCGUCGUCCGCCGCCGCGACGGCUAAGCUCAGCGCCGGUGCAACGCUGAUAGAGUGUGGCCCACACGUCAGUGAACGAGGUAUCUGAAAAGAGAGUGAGUCAAUACUGUAUGCCUAGAGGCAUCAGAAAAUACAGAAGUAAAAUAAAGCAAAUACUGUAAACAGCGUAAAUGUUCUCUUUAUUAAUUAUAUUUAUAAUUUUUGAGUUCCUUGUAUAUUGUUUUGGUAUUAUAAUA